AUAUUUUCUAAUAAAAAAUUAAAUUUAGUAACACGAAAAGGUGUUUUCCCUUAUGAAUACAUCGAUAGUUGGAGUAAACUAAAUGAAACCUGUUUACCUCCAAAAAAUCUAUUUUAUAACUCUUUAAAAGAUGAGGAAAUCAGUGAUGAAGAUUAUUCUCAUGCCCAAAAAAUAUGGAAGAUGUUCGAUUUAAAAACUUUGGGUGAAUAUAGCGAUCUUUACUUAAAAACUGAUGUUACUAUACCAACAGAUGUGUUCGAAAAUUUUAGAGAUUUAUGUUUGUCUACUCUUAGACUAGAUCCUGCUAAUUAUAUGACUGCUCCAGGGUUUACUUUUGAUUGUAUGCUUAAAUAUACUAAGGUUAAAUUAGAAAUAUUAAAAGAUUUUAACCAGCUUUUAUAUUUUGAGAAUGCCAUCAGAGGUGGGGUUGUCCAAUCAACAAAAAGAUAUGCUAAAGUAAAUAUACCAAAAAUUAAAGGUUUAAGCUAUGAUUCUGAUAAACCAAUCAAAUGGAUUACAUAUCUUGAUUGUGUAAAUUUAUAUGGAAAAUCAAUGUUAACAGAACUACCUCUAAAAGAUUUUGAAUGGGUUGAUGAUUUAGACAUUGACGUUACUAAAAUUCCUGAUGAUUCGAAAGUUGGAUAUAUAUUAGAAGUUGAUAUUGAUUACCCUGAAUAUUUACAUAAAAAGCAUAAUGAUUUUUCAUUUUUACCUAUAAACGAAUGUCCUCCUAAUUCAAAAUUGGUAAAAAUUCAUCGAGCUAUAAGAUUUUCACAGAGUAAAUGUUUGGCACCAUACAUUGAACUUUGUACGAAAAUGAGAGUAAUAGCUAAAAACAAAUUUGAAAAAAACUUUUGGAAAUUAUUAAUUAAUAGCGUUUUUGGUAAAUGUAUGGAAAAUGUUCGAGCUAGAACUUCUUUAAAAUUGGUUUCAUCAGAAAUAAAAGCAAAUAAAUUAAUGAUGAAAACUAAUUUUAAAGAUAGAACUAUAUACUCUAAAAAUCUAAUGGCUAUUCAUCGGCAUAAGGAAAUUAUUAAAUUUGAUAAACCGAUUUAUGUAGGAUUCGCAAUCUUAGACGUUUCGAAAACAUUUAUGUAUGAUUUUCAUUAUGAUGUAAUGAAAAAAAGAUAUGGUAACAAAAUUAAUUCUUUAUACUCAGAUACAGAUUCUAUGGUAUAUGAAAUUCAAACACACAACUUUUUCAAUGACUUAAGAUAUGAUUUAUUACCGUUUUUCGAUACAUAA